GUGGAGAGCUUGAAGGUGUACGGCUAUGGCGCUUCUGAAUCACCGACCACUCGUCUCAAUCUCAAUCCCCUCUCUCAAUUCUCCAACAAUCAAACCUUCUUCUCGAUUUUCCUGUUUCUCGCUCCGAUCAAAUUCUGUAGAAGCAGUUGAGUUGAAGUCUUCGCCGCCGCAAGAGUAUAAGCCCGGGAUGAUUGAUGAUAUUUUCUUAAACGUAUUUCGUAGCAAAAUGGCAAAGGAGAAUGGAUGGGACUCUGAAAAGCCUGGAUACGAUGGAAUAAUUGAUGCAGCUCAUCGCCUAAUGCGUGGUCGAUCCAAUUCUGAAGCAACUAAAGCUUCGAUCCGGGUAUUAAGAUCACUGUUUCCUCAAUGGCUAUUGGAGCUCUAUAAAAUGCUUAUUUCACCUGUUGCUGGUGGCAAGGUGGCAUCCGUAAUGGUUGCAAGGGUGACUGCGCUUUCGUGUCAAUGGCUCAUGGGAAAGUGCAUCGUUAACUCUGUCGAUAUGCCUAAUGGAUCGACAUGGACUAGUGGGGUCUUUGUUGAGAAAUGCAAGUACUUGGAGGAGAGCAAAUGUGUUGGUGUAUGUAUCAAUACGUGCAAACUUCCGACGCAGGCCUUUUUCAACGAGUACAUGGGAGUUCCUUUAGUGAUGGAGCCCAAUUUCAUCGAUUAUAGCUGCCAGUUCAAAUUUGGGGUGGCACCUCCUCCACCAGAAGACGACACUGCACUCAAGGAGCCAUGCCUCCAGAUAUGCCCGACUGCCAAUCGACGCAGGGAAAUUAAUACUGCUACGGAUGUCUCAAAAUGUCCAAAGGCUUAAAAUUUGGUUCAUACACAACAAUGUUAUAUUGACAAAUACACAACUGCAUUGCAAGAACUUUGCUAUAAAUUAACAUGGCACCACACUGGUGGUAAAAUUA